CCGGUGGCGGCGGGGGGCGGCGGCGGCGGCGUAGCGGCGCUGCAUGGCGCAGCGGGCGGGGAGCCCCCAGCCGCGCGUCCGCAGGCCGCCAGCCCGGCGCCGGGCGCCGCCGCCAUGCAGGAGUACGGCCCCUCACGCCCGCCGCCGCUGAGAAAGGUGACCUGCUGCCCUGCUGCGUGCUGACAUGAUGACAGCUAGCAAGGUGGCCGAUGUGAGCAGCCAGACUGAAAGCAGUGACUGCAAGUCCUUUCAGAGGAUCAAGCUUGCAGAUAAAACUGAUACAGCAGCUGUGAAGGAAUUAGAAAGACCUUCGUGUGGAUUUUUGAGUGAGAGGUAUUCUGAAGGUGCCUCUGUCACCCUGGGUUUAACACCUGAAGCGGAACCAGUUUCGUCUGUGGUGAAGAACCCACUGGGAGCCUUGGAGAACUUGAUGCUGGAUCCAAAGCUAGACUGCUUUCAGCAGAACAUGCUUAGUCCCAAAAUGAUCAUCAGUGACCCAUCUGUGGAUCUGAAUGUUAAAGAAAACAGUAAAAUCAAGAGACAGAUAGGAGGCACUCAGAAUAUACAGUCACCUGGAAAAAUUGGCUUGAGGAAUAAGUCCUUCAGCAUCAAGGACAAAAUUUCAGAAUGGGAAGGGAAAAAGGAAACACCGUCUGCUCCUCGCAGAGAGGAGGAACAGGGAGUUAGAGAGGAGCACAGGGUGCCCUUUGUAACUGAGAAGACGAGUGGGGAAGCCCUGGUGACUCGAAAGGUGGAGACCAAGAGAUAUAAGAACUGGGAACUGGAGAGCAAAGGAGUGGGCAAAGAGAAUGAGCAGAAAGCAGGAACUCAGAAAGGCACAGGGCAUGCAGCAGAGCGAAAGGGGGAAGCACAAAAGGACAAGGAAGUGGAGUCGAACCCUGGAAAAUGCAAGGAGGUGAAAGGUGGGAAGCGGGAGAUCCAGAAGGAGAAUCUUUCAGUGCUUAGUCAGGUCAAGAAGCUAGAGAAGGCUUUGAAAGAUGGCUCAGCAGAGCUGCAGCCACAGUUGCCUGGUACUUAUUAUUCCCCCCAGUGCUUGCAGGAGAAGGCAGCACAAGGACACACUGCUCCUGAGAGCCACGAGAGCAUAUGUGGGGCUGAGCUCAACAAAAGGCUUCUUGGGUUGGACUCUGAAAUCAGUGAGCCAAUUUUUGGGACUCUAGAAGAAGUAAGAACUUCUCAUGCAAAAUCCAAGGGCUGCGUGAUGGAGAAUGUGUACACGGAGCCAGGGGUGCCAGAGAAGAAACCCUUCAUCAACCCUCUGCCAAAGCCCCGACGGACUUUCAAACAUGAAGGGGAAGAGGACUGGGUGCCAGCAGCUAGGAAUAAAAGAAACUUACCUCCUCUGCCAUCCAUUCCUCCCCCACCUCUGCCCUCUUCUCCUCCCCCAUCAGCUGUCAGCAGGAGGCUCUGGAGCGGGAAGCACAAGAACAAUGCUGACCACAGGAAGUCAUACGAGUUUGAAGACUUGCUGCAGUCGUCGUCUGAGACCGGGCGGGUGGAUUGGUACGCGCAGACCAAGCUGGCCCUCACACGCACUUUAUCUGAGGAGAACGUCUAUGAAGACAUCCUGGAUCCACCAUCAAAAGAAAACCCUUAUGAAGACAUUGAGACCAACAGCCGCUGUCUGGGGAAGAAAUGUGUCUUGACCUUCCCAGCAUCCCCCACCUCUUCUGUACCUGGGACUCCCACUAAGUUGCUUUCCAAGCCCAUUUUUUUCCGACAAAACUCAGAACGGAGGAGUUUCAAGCUGCCAGACAUACGGAAACUGAGCCGUGAUGGGACUGGGUCACCAUCCAGAAUCAGCCCUCCCUCGACCCCCAGCAGUCCAGAUGACACUGUCUUCUCCUUGGGAGACCCUCAGAAUGGCAAGAGGAGAAGGAAGAUUCCCAAGCUCGUCUUGAAAAUCAAUGCCAUUUAUGAGGCACGAAGGGGAAAGAAACGCGUCAAGAGACUAUCACAAUCUACAGAGAGCAAUUCAGGGAAAGUUACAGAUGAAAACAGUGAAUCGGACAGUGAUACUGAAGAGAAGCUGAAAGCUCACAGCCAGCGCCUGGUGCAUGUGAAAUCUCGCCUGAAGCAAACCCCGCGGUACCAAACCUUGGAACGGGACUUGAUUGAGUAUCAAGAGAGGCAGCUGUUUGAAUACUUCGUGGUGGUGUCACUGCACAAGAAGCAGGCUGGGGCUGCCUAUGUCCCUGAGGUUACCCAGCAGUUCCCACUGAAGCUUGAGCGCUCGUUCAAAUUCAUGCGCGAGGCAGAAGAUCAGUUGAAAGCUAUUCCCCAGUUUUGCUUCCCUGAUGCAAAGGACUGGGCCCCCAUCCAUCAGUUUGCCAGUGAGACAUUCUCAUUUGUCCUGACGGGGGAAGAUGGAAGCAGGCGAUUUGGAUACUGUAGGAGGCUGCUGCCCAGUGGGAAAGGGAAGCGUUUACCAGAAGUUUACUGCAUUGUGAGCCGUCUUGGAUGCUUCAAUCUCUUCUCUAAGAUCUUGGAUGAGGUUGAGAAGAGACGGGGCAUUUCCCCAGCUUUGGUGCAGCCUCUCAUGAGGAGUGUUAUGGAGGCACCUUUUCCAGCCUUGGGGCGGACAAUUACAGUCAAGAACUUCUUGCCAGGCUCAGGAACAGAGAUCAUUGAGCUGCGGCGGCCUCUUGACUCCAGGCUUGAGCAUGUGGAUUUCGAGUCCUUGUUCACAUCCCUCAGCGUGCGGCACCUGAGCAGAGUCUUUGCCUCCCUGCUUCUGGAGAGGAGGGUGAUCUUUAUUGCAGACAAGCUCAGCACUCUUUCCAAGUGUUGCCAUGCCACAGUGGCACUACUGUACCCCUUCACCUGGCAACACACGUACAUCCCUGUGCUGCCACCUUCCAUGAUCGACAUCGUGUGUUCGCCCACCCCCUUUCUCAUCGGCCUGCUCUCCAGCUCUCUGCCCCGCCUGAAGGAGCUCCCAGUGGAGGAGGUCCUUGUUGUUGACCUUGUAAAUAACCGGUUUCUGAGACAGAUGGAAGAUGAGGACUCCAUCCUGCCCCGCAAGCUGCAGGCUGCCCUAGAACACAUUUUGGAGCAGAGGAACGAGCUGGCGAGCGACAAGGAGGAAGGCCCUGUCAAUGGCAAGCAGGAGACAAGCCCUUUGAAUGAGGUGGUGUCCGAGGCCUUUGUCCGUUUCUUUGUGGAGAUUGUGGGCCACUACUCCCUCUUCCUGACCCCUUCCGAAAGAGAAGAGCGGACCCUGCAGCGUGAGGCUUUCCGCAAGUCCGUCUCCUCCAAGAGCCUUCGACGCUUCCUGGAGGUCUUCAUGGAGACACAGAUGUUUGGGGGCUUCAUUCAGGAGCGGGAGCUGCGGAAGCAGGGGGUCAGAGGUCUGUUUGAGGUACGGGCUCAGGAGUACCUGGAAACACUUCCCAGUGGGGAGCAGAGUGGAGUCAAUAAGUUCCUGAAAGGCCUAGGUAGCAAAAUGAAAUUCCUCCACAAAAAAUAAGAAGCACAUCCUCGUUCCACAGAAGAGAAUGGCUUUACCAUUUAACAGCAAUACAUCAGACUAUUAUCAAGAGUUCCCAUUCAGCCUGCUCCCAGGAACCAACAGCCUUGGGCGAGCUGACUGCAGCUGGGUUGUGCUCACACAGACAUGUGGUGCCACAGGAAGGUUUGAUGGCUGCGGGGCUUCCGGGACAGGUUUCUGGAUAUCUACAGUACCAUGCACUGGACCAAGUACUCUCUCUGAACUCUGCACUAGCACGUUGCAGGCAUCCCAACGGAUUGGCUCUCUUAGCUAGUCAAUUCUUUGUUUUAUUGUAUUUUUCUAUUUAUAUUGGGGCUAGAACAACUAUUAACCGAUGACUCUUGUCCUGCCUCCUCUCUGCUUGGUGCUGCAGGAGGCCAAAGCAGGACUCCCAUGGGACUGAGCAGGCAAAGCUCAAGCACCGAGGAGGGGAGAAACAGAUGUAUGGAAAUAGGUCUCUGCAAAGUGACGGCUGCAGGGAUGAUGUGGACUGACCAACAGGAGCUUCCAAGCAAGAGAGAAGGGUGGGAGAGAACCACUAAACCUACUGAGGACAUGAUGAGCCAGCCAGCUCCCUGGAGACCUGUGCCAGGGGGUUCUGGCAUGAGGAGAGGCCUUUCCUUAUGCAGUGUAAUUAAAAGCGAGUGGUGUAAAA